AUGGCCCCCUCCACUACCUCCUCCCGCCGCAGCUCAAACUCCUCCACAUACAGCACGUCCUCCAGCAGAAGCGGCUCGCAUUUCUCCCACUACUCACACUCGCACUCACACCAUUCUUCGACACCAUCGCCAUACUCCAGCGCCGCCUCUAGCUUCGCGGGUCUAGGCCCCACCAUCACCAUCAAUACCAACACCUCCAGCACGACCAGCAGCCGCUCUUCUUCCUCCGCGUCGUCGCCUUCAUCAGCAUCUGGCCCAUAUACGGCUGGCGAGGCGGCGAGAGAUGCGCAGAUGGGGGCGGCGAUCUUGGCUUGGCCGGCUGAUGAGGUGUGGGUUGCUCCCAAGAUUUGA